GAGUCCUGCUCUCUCGCCUCGGCGCUUCCAAGAUGACCAAGAAAAGAAGGAACAAUGGUCGUGCCAAAAAGGGCCGCGGCCACGUGCAGCCUAUUCGCUGCACCAACUGUGCCCGAUGCGUGCCCAAGGAUAAGGCCAUUAAGAAGUUCGUCAUUCGGAACAUCGUAGAGGCGGCAGCCGUCAGGGACAUUUCUGAAGCGAGUGUUUUCGACGCCUACAUGCUUCCCAAGCUGUAUGUGAAACUACAUUACUGCGUGAGUUGUGCCAUUCACAGCAAGGUAGUCAGGAAUCGCUCUCGGGAAGCCCGUAAGGACCGAACACCUCCACCCCGAUUUAGACCUGCGGGUGCUGCCCCACGUCCUCCACCAAAGCCCAUGUAAGGAUCCAAGUCCUUAAAGACUGAAGAAAUAUUGGUGUCUCUGAAAAGACAAUAAAAUGGAAAUUAUACAUUAAAAAAAAAAAAAAA